GUGGUUAUAUUUGGAACCAAUUUUAUCUAACGACGAAGGAGAGCUGGGCACGAAAUUUAAAAAAGUCGAUCAGAAUUUUCGACAUGUGACCCGCAUCAUAGAAUCGGACCCGAGAAUAUCCGCUAUCUUACAAUCUACGAGGCUACAGCCCAUGCUCGAUUCAAUAUCAGAACAAUUGUUGGCUUGUCAGUCAGCUUUGAAUCAAUAUAUUGACGAGAAACGCUCUAUAUUUCCAAGAUUUUACUUUCUAAGUGACGAUGAUUUAUUGGAGCUACUGGGACAGGCUCGAGCUGGCUCCGAGGGGCGCGAAGUGGUCAUGCAGUCUCAUCUCAAGAAGCUAUUUCCGGGGAUAACGGGAGUUCGCCUCGGCCCAGGGGGCAUGUCGGUUACAGCUCUGUGUAGCCAUUUCGGGGAAGUGUUUCAGCUGGAUCAUCCUAUUGAUAUAGAUUGCGCUGUAGAGGUCUGGCUUAAAAACUUAGAGAACGAAAUGCGUUCUUCACUGCAGAACAUGACUUUGAAAUGUCUAGUGACGAACUCAUUACACGAACAGGACCCGUUCUCGUUGCCGACCCAGAUACUUUGUCUCGCUCAAAACAUUCGCUUCACCGAACAAGCGGAACGAGCGAUAAACUCUAAAGAGCUCCAUAAAUUCAGAGCUAAUGUUGAGAAAGAGAAUUUGUAUUACGCAGAAGCGGAGACCGAUGACGAAAACGAACGCCUCAAGAGGCAAGCACUUAUAUUGCAGUGCGCUUAUUAUCUGUCCGUCAUCAAAAUACUCAUCGACAAUAAUGUAACGUCAACAAGCGAAUGGAUCUGGCGAAAGCAAUUCAGAUUCUAUUUACUGAAUACUAAGGAAGUAGUUGCCAGAAUGGGAUUAGCGCAAAUACCGUAUUCCUAUGAAUAUCUUGGGACACAAACGGGCCAGUUCGUGCGCACUGAAGUAGCUGACGAAUGCUUCCUCAUUCUCACUCAGGCGCUACACCUCGGUUUUGUUGGCAAUCCAUUUGGACCAGCCGGUACGGGGAAGACUGAAUCGGUUAAAGCUCUGGGUGGAUUGGUCGGGAGGCUCGUUCUAGUCUUCAACUGCGAUGAAGCAAUGGACGCGGAAUGCAUGGGUCGUUUGCUCACCGGGCUGGCGCUGAGCGGCGCCUGGGGAUGCUUCGACGAGUUCAAUCGUUUGACGUCCGACACCCUCGCGGCCGUCACGCAUCAGUUCUCGUCGCUUCUGUCGGCCAUGACCCACCGAACACCGGGAACUGUACCUACGGCCUCUCUCAAUGGGAAAAAUGUAUCAGUAUCGGUGUGGUGUGGUGUGGCGGCGACGCUGAACCCGUCGUCGCGCGGGUACGGGGGGCGGCGCGCCCUGCCCCCCGCGCUGCGCCCCCUGCUCCGCCCCGUAGCGGCCCGCCCCGCCGCGCCGCGCCUGCUCGCCGCGCAACUGUUCGCCGCGCGCUCUCUGCCGCACGCAGAGCGCCUCGCCGCAGACUUGCACGACGUCUUCACUCUGGCCAGUGCGCUGCUGAGUGGACAGCGGCACUACGACUGGGGUCUGCGCGCGCUGAAGGCGGUGGCGGGGGGCGUGCGCGCGGGGGAGGGCGCGGGGGGCGAGCGCGCGGGGGAGGGCGCGGGGGGCGAGCGCGCGCACGCCGCCCGCUUGCUCGCCGUCAACAACGUCUCCAAACUAACUGCGCCGGAUGCACGAAUAUUCCAUAAAAUACUGUCUCUCGUAUUCGCCGAUGUAAAAGAUCUACAUGCCACAGCUGAUCCUAUAGUGAACGCGCUGGGAGGAUCCGUCCAGAAUUUAAAACUUGUGGAAAAUAAAGCACAGUUACAAAAAUGCAUCGAGUUAUACGAACAGCUACAACAACGGAUGGGGGUCGUGGUGGUGGGCCCGCCCGCCUCCGGGAAGUCUACGAUUAGGCGUCUACUUAAAACAGCCCUCUUACAACAAGGAAAAACUAUAAUGGAGUACGUAAUAAGUCCAAAAGCAAUGAGCCGCGACUGGCUCCUCGGGCACAUCGACCCUGACACCAGGCAGUGGACGGACGGGGUGAUCUCUGCCACCGCCUUAGAGAUAUCCAAUCAACCUCCUGAUGUAUGGUCUUGGGUCGUGUGCGACGGAGACAUAGACCCCGAGUGGAUUGAGUCUCUGAACUCCGUGUUGGAUGACAACCGGCUGCUGACGCUGCCGUCCGGCUGGCGGGUGCAGUUCGGGAACAACGUCAACUUCAUAUUCGAGACGCACAGCCUGGAGCACGCCUCGCCCGCCACCAUCUCCAGAAUGGGAAUAAUAUUGAUGAGUGAUGACGUCAGCUGCGAGCUAGACGUGCUGCGGGGCUGGGUGCGCCGCACCGACCACGAGGCCGCCAGCCCGGCGCUCCCGCUGCUGCAGCGGGCCAUCACCACCACCGUCCAGUGGCUCCACCGACACCAGGGCGCCGCCCUCACCAAGCUGUACAACGUGGCCGUAGUCCGACAGAUACUUACACAGUUCGAAUACCUAGUUCAAACCGCGAACACGAACUCGACACAACCCGGUCCCGAGGAAAUGGUUAUAUGUGCGAUACAAAGAAGCGUCGUCGACUUAUUGAAAGAGGCCGCCGUUCCCAGUUUUUAUGACGAGAUAUCUUCAGUGUUGGGUCCGCCCCCGCCCGAGCCCCCGUCCCCCAAUGAAUGGGUUUCGGAGUCCCUGUACAUGUCGGCCAGACUCCUCGCCGUGGAGUCCGUCGUCAGGGCGUGUCUGGCGUCCGACUCGUCCCAUCUGCUAAUUGUGGGCCCCGAUGCGUGUGCUAAAAGUGCGUUAGUGGAACACAUUCUGAAGGAGAGCAACAGUCCUGUAAUAACGAUUGACUGCACGCCUAUAUUGGAGCCGGCUGACAUAAUACGCGAACUAAAGAGGCAUAACGUCGCUCGGUCCGGCGGCGGCGGCGCGGUGCACAGCGGCGCCCGCACCACGCUGUACGUGCGCGGCUUGCAGCGGGCGCGCGCGGACGCCUGGGGCUCCUGUCCGGUGCACUCCUUCCUGCUGCAGUUGUUGCAGCAGGGCGGGUGGUGGAGCGAGGCGGCGGCGUGGUGCGCGGCGCGGCGCGUGCGCGUGCUGGCCGCCGCCACCGCGCCCCCCGCGCCCCGCCUCGCCGCCGCGCUCGCCCGCGCGCACCUCGCCGAUCCGGACGAAGACGAACUAUUGCAAUUAGCAACGAACUAUUUAUCACAGUCUGUGGAUAAAAACAUUUCAGCAAAGGAAAUCACAAGUCUCGCUUCUAAAAUGCUAUCCCUAUUCCAAGAGGUAACCGAGAUAUUUAAUACGCGACCUCAUUACAAAUGGAACGCUUCUCAUUUGAAAAAGUGGUGCGAAAAUGUGAAAUGGUACAACCCGAAGAACACCGAAGAUCUACUCACGGCAAUCGUUUCGGAGGCGAAUUUCAUAUUUCGCGAUCGAUUCGUAACUGACGAAGAAAAGUUGAGGUUCAGCACUAUGUGUCGAGGUCACUUGAAGAACGACGCCACCCCGGUGUACUAUACGUACAAAUUGCGAGGCGACGGUGUGUAUUUAGAGACGAUUGAUCAAACCGGCUGGCGACAAUACAUCAAUAAACUCAUUAAUCAAUGCUUGGCAGAACAUGAAUAUAAUAUAUUUGGGGACAGCGGAGUCGAGGUGUGUGACGAACUCAACGUAUUGUGUCCUGCCAUGGCUCGAGCUGCUAAUGGCGGUAUGGUAGUGUGCGUGGGCACGGCGGGCGUGGGCCGCGCCGCCGCGAGUCGCUUGGUGUGCGCCGCGCUGCAGGCCGCGCUCUACCCCAUCGACAAUCCCUCGCAGUUUAAUGGACAGUUCAAAAAUGCAUUGUCAUCGUCCGGAGACGCCACGCAUACGCUAGUGGUGCUGUCGGAAUCUGCUGCGAACAGUGCAACCAUAGCGUGUAUAGAAGCUCUGAUCAGAGCGCGAUCUUUGAAUGCCAUUCCCGAGCACAUGUUACCCGGUGCGAACAACCCACACAUGUUGGACAAUAUAAAACAAUGCCUAGGUAUUGUGAUAUGCCUUGACAAGAACCAAAAUAACCUAGCAGAGCUAAUAGAGAAAUAUCCCAUACUUUACAAUCAAGCCGAUUUAAUAUGGUUAGAGAAAUGGUCGGAAGAGACACUGCGGGAUGUUCCGUCAUUGAUCAUAGAUAGACUUCUAAAGGAGAAUGUAACUGAUAUUACAAAGGAUCAACUCGAAAAAAUUCCUAUCGAUGGAUUCGUUAAAAUUCACAAAAGCCUCGAGACUGAUUGCAUGCGAGCUCCGUGCCGAUAUGUCAACUUCGUCAAAACCUACUUCUAUAUCAUGAGCCGAAAGAAGACGGCCCUCGUUCAAAGACAAAAUACACUUUCGGCCGGCCUCGAUGCCUUGAAGCGCGCGCGUACUGAGGUGGCAACACUGCAGACCGACGCGUCCAAACAAGAAGCCGAACUCUCAGAUAAACAAGCGAAAGCUAAUCAGGCGCUGGACCAGAUCAGCGCCACGGUGCGCGCCACCACCGACAGGAAGGAGGAAAUGCACGCCUUGAAGAAGAACAUCGAAAUUGAAAACGAGAAAUUACAGAAACAGAAAGAAGAAAUCGAAGCGGAGCUUGCAUCAGUAGAGCCAGUGAUUGCGGCCGCUCGGGCUGCCGUAGGAGACAUACGGCCCGAAUCACUCAGCGAAGUGCGGUCGUUGCGCGCCCCGCCGGAUGUGGUGCGGGACGUGCUCGAAGGGGUGCUGCGGCUCAUGGGCAUCGCCGACACCUCGUGGCACUCCAUGAAAAACUUCCUUGCGAAACGCGGAGUCAAGGAGGACAUAAGGUGCCUAGACGCGAGCCAGAUAAGCCCGGCCGCUAUCGAAGGUGUGAAGAAGCUGCUGGAGCGUCGCGGCGCGUCGUUCGAGGCGGCGGCGGCGCGGCGCGCCAGUGCGGCGUGCGCCCCGCUCGCGGCCUGGGUGCGCGCCAACCUGCGCCACGCCGACGCGCUCGUCCGCGUGCGCCCGCUGCAGGACAAGCAGGCCACCUUACACAAGAACCUCCAAGAAGCCGAGGAUCAGCUGUCGGCAUUGUCGAGCGGGCUGGCGACGGUGGACGAGCGCGUGGCAGCGCUGAAGGAGCAGCUGGGCCGGCACUCGCGGGACGCGGCCGCGCUCGAGCUAAGCGUGGCCAGCGCCGCGCAGACCAUCGCCGCCGCCACGCAGCUACUCGACCAGCUCGCACACGAAUACACGGCCUGGGAACGUGACCUGGCAAACAUUUCGACGGAAAUAUCGCAGCUGAGCGUACGUUCGUUGUUAGCUGCGGCCUACGUCGUGUACCUCCCCGACCUGACAGAGCCACAAGCUCUGGUUUACAUACAUAAAUGGAGUGAGUUUGUUGGAUUUGACGACUCCUCAUUUUCUGUCAUCAAUUUCCUGUCUACGACGGAGAAGCAGUUGAAAUGGGACGCGGACGGUCUUCCCGCGGAUAGUUCAGCUGUGAAGAAUGCCGUUUUAAUCGAUCAGGUGCUAGAAGCCCAAAAAUGCGGCCUCACUCCGUUCCUGAUAGACCCGGACGGCGAGGGCAUGACGUGGCUAAAGAACACGCUCGCCGAUCAACAAUGCGAUUUUGUUUCACAAAACAGUGAGAAGCUAUCUACCGCCGUUCAGUAUGCAUUUAGACUGGGCCGCAUCUUGGUGAUCACGGAGGCGGAGCACGUGGCGGAGGCGUACGGCGCGCUGGCGUGUGGGCGGCGCGGUGCGGCGGCGCGCGUGCUGUUGCACUGCCGUGACGUCACGGCGCCCGCGCGUCUGCCGCCGCAUCAGCGCGCCGCGCUCUCUCUCCUGCACUUCACCGCCAGACUCGAUGGUCUCACCGAUCAGCUCAUCCAUUACGCUUUACAACAACAAAAUCCGGAUAUGAAUGAAAAAUUGAAGGAAAUCAAAAUUCAAAAAGCUACCUACCAGAAACAACAACACGAGUUGCAAGAAAAUCUGCUUAGGGACCUUUCCGGGAACGUGGACAUCUUGCACGACGCGAACCUGUUGGCGUCGUUGAACAGGACGCGCGCAGCGAACGCCGCGAUAAGGGAAGCGCUCGACGGGGCGCGCGCGCUCGAGGCGCAGAGUCGCGGCGCGGGGGAGGCGCACGCGGCCGCCGCCCGCCGCACCGCGCGCCUGGCGCUGGCCGUGCGGCGCGUGGCGGAGCGGCGCCCGCUCGUGGCGCUGCCCGUGGACGCCGUGCUCGAGAUGUUCGCCGAUGCACUGCGUACUCUUGGCCAAAAAUCUCAACCAAAAACGGACGACGUCAUCAAGUAUGUGACGAGGAGAAUCAUUGAAAGAGUUCUCUUGGGACUUUAUAAAAAAGAUAAAUACAUCAUUGUUCUUCAUCUACUGAAAGAAGUCUACGAUGAGCUCAUGCCAGAUAAGUUGUGGAAUUUACUCGUAAGUAGCUACGAUGUCGUAGAAGAUACAGAUAAUGUGAAUGAAAUUAGGAGAUCAUAUCCGUGGAUCCCAGAUGGAUGCGUAAGAAAAGUUGCGAAACUGAAGAUAACGGAUGAGAAUCUAUUUAACAAGUUGUGUUUGAACAAAGAAGAUAUGUGGAGAGAGUUUCUUGAAUCCGGCGACAGUAAGGUCAUCAGUAAAUUGGGCAUUACUCCUUUUGAAUAUGUCGUCUCCGUGGCAUCGAUUCGUCCCGACGGCUUAUAUAGGGCCCUUGUGGAAUUUGUUGAUCAAGUUUUGGGUGCGGGCGUGAUGUCGUGCGGCUCGGCGCUGGGCGUGGCGGGGCGCGGCGCGGGGCGGGGCGGGGCGCGACGCCCGGUGCUGCUGCGGCACGCGCAUGCGCGGGACCUGCUCCUCGCGCACGCACAGGCCAACGCUCUACCGCUCACGCUGGUAGGAAUAGAAGAGGGCAAGAAUUCAUGGAAUGUGGCACUGGAAGCCACCAGAAGCGGCGGCUGGCUCGCAAUAGACGUUGGCGCUUCUCCAUUUACGACUGAAAUACAAACCUUUAUUUCGGAAUUCGUCGCUACGCCACCUGAAAACUUGAGCGACGACUUCCGUAUGUGGAUUCUUUCUGAAGAUCGUGACAUACCGGCUCUGUUGUGUAAUGCAUGUAUCAAUGUUAUACUCGAGACACCGGAAGGCGUUAAGAAUAAUAUAAUGAGCACGUUGGCCGCGUGGGGGAACUAUGAAGCUGAACCGAAUAUCGUGCGCUUACAUGCUUCACUCGCCGUCUUCCACGCUCUCGUGCAAGAACGACAAGCCUAUAUCCCGCAAGGCUGGAGCCGGCGGUACGGCUGGGAGUGGGGCGAGGUGCGCGCGUGCGCGGGCGCGGUGCGGCGCGCGGGGGCGGGCGGCGCGGCGCUGUGGGGCGCGCUGUACGCGAGCCGCGUGUCGGCGCCGCACGACCGCCGCGCGCUGCGUGCCCUGCGGCACCACGCCGCCCGCCCCGACCUGCUGCCGCUGCCGCUGCCAGCCACCACCAAACUGCAGGUACAUCGUCUGACUAAAAACAACGGGAAUCAGACUCUGACUACUUAA